AUGAAUAGAGCACCGCUAGUGCUGCUGUUGUUGGCUACUUUCUGUUACUGGUAUGCGUUUGGACAACAAACAGCGCAGCGAACUACAACUCGAAUGACGACUACGAAACCGCGCAGCACUACCCGAACGACUGUCCGUACAACUACUCCCCAGAGAACUACCACGAAAGCUGUGGCCAAGAACGCACAGUUACAGGCAGUAACCACAAAGAAAGUGGGCGUUGCAACGACCAAACCAGCCACGGUGAAAGCGGCAUCAACAACCAGAACAACGACGAGGACCACGGCUAAGAAUGCACAACUGAAGCUAACAACAACUACAAAGAAAGCAAAUCUACCAACGACCAAGCCAGCCACAGUGAAAGCUGUGUCAACAACUAGAACUACUACCAGGACCACGCAAGCUGCCAACAAGAAAGCCACGACGAAAGCUGCGACUACAACUACAAAGAAACCCACCGCAGGAACCACAAGAACUCCUACAACCACGAAGGUUAGACCACAAAGAAACAUUCCUAAUAACAUUCGUAAAACAUUCCCUUCUUAA